AUGCAGAAGUAUUUUGAGCAGUAUACUGAGGAGUAUGUUGAAAUGGAAACUGAAUCAGAAAUUCCAUGCGAAAUUAUAACAAAAUCAGAUCGCUUACGCCAGCGUCUUGAACCUUUGCUAAACUUCAAGCAAGAUUCUUCAUCAAAUCCAUUUAGUGUGGGAGAGAUUGUGAACAUAUUGCGAGUCGAACGCUCCGAAGAUAUUGUUUGUAUCAAAGUACCUGUCAGUGACAGACGUGACAGACAUGUUAUUAUUUGUACGCCUCAUAAUAUGAGACAUGGUGAGGCCAUAGUGCUUGCUAUACGGAAAUGUUUCAAACUUAAGACCAAACAUCAGGUUGAGCCACCAAAAAAAGCGAAAGUUGGUCGAUGGUUGUGUUAUACUUUCGAGGAUACAUCAAUACAUAUUAUGACUCGCGAGGCGCGAUUCAAAUAUGAUCUUGAAAGCCUUUGGGGCAUCGGAUGGAUGGAAACGUUAGGAGACGAAGUCAAUAUUUCAAAUCCAGAAUUUUUGAUGCCUGCUACUAAUUAG